GAUUAAUUUCAGAAUUAUUAAGAUUUGAUUUUAAAAAGUUAAAGAAGCAGCACCUCAGUGUUGAAUUACUUGAAGGAAAUUGAUUAAUUUAGAACACUCUAAACAGGAACUAAAUACAAAAGUUGAACAUCCUAAAAGAUUUGAAGGAUCACCGUACUGUUUUUCCUUUUCUUUGUAUUGUAUUGACUUUGUAUUGACAAAAAGAAUGGAUCGCCUGGAGCUUAAGAGACUUAGUACUGAGGUGGAUGAUGAGAGUAACAGUGGAAGCAGUAUGGAUGAAGGCUAUACUAAAUUGGCAGAUUCAGAAAAAGCUACCAUCAGCAGUCAAUUUGUUGAUGAAGAUGAUGUCGAAAUUCAGAGGUUCUUAACAAGCGAAUUUUCGGGGAAAACAAAAUAUGAAGAUUAUCAAGAAGAAUAUCAUCCUGGAAUGACAUCAUUUGGAAUGUCAGUUUUUAAUCUUAGUAAUGCUAUCAUGGGUAGUGGCAUUCUUGGCCUAUCCUAUGCAAUGGCCAAUACUGGAAUCGUACUGUUUGUGAUCCUGUUACUUGCAGUGGCAAUAUUAUCCUUGUAUUCUGUUCACCUUUUACUAAAGACUGCAAAAGAAGGAGGCUCUUUGAUUUAUGAGAAAUUAGGAGAACGAGCUUUUGGGUGGCCUGGGAAAAUUGCAGCUUUUGGCUCUAUUACCAUGCAAAAUAUUGGAGCUAUGUCAAGCUACCUCUUUAUAAUCAAAUAUGAACUACCAGAAGUAAUACGGUCAUUUAUGGGAACUGAAGAGAUCAAUGGAGAAUGGUAUAUGAAUGGCAACUACCUUGUUGUGAUUGUGUCGCUGUGUAUUAUCCUGCCACUGACUUUUCUAAAGAAUUUAGGGUAUCUUGGUUACACAAGUGGAUUCUCUCUCUCUUGUAUGGUUUUUUUUGUUAGCGUUGUAAUAUAUAAGAAAUUUCAGAUCCCCUGUCCAUUGCCUCCACUGGGUCAUUAUUCAGAAAACCUGACAGCACUGGCAAACACUACAGGACACUUGGUAACCAUGUAUCCAAUGGUACGUAACAAAACCUCUGAUCACGACCUGAACCUCAUGAUGCCCUACGUUAAUGGGCACACAGCAACACAAGAUGAAGAUGAUUCCCGCAUCCAUACCAAUGGUGUCAGUUAUGAAGCCCACAUUGAAGCCGACAUGUGUAAACCAAAAUACUUGGUCUUCAACUCGCAGACAGCUUACACCAUUCCCAUCCUGGCCUUUGCAUUUGUGUGUCAUCCUGAAGUACUUCCAAUCUACAGCGAACUUAAAGGCCGCUCUCAGAAGAAAAUGCAAUAUGUCUCCAAUCUGUCGAUUACUGCAAUGCUCAUCAUGUAUCUGCUGGCUGCUCUUUUUGGUUACCUGACCUUUUAUGGACAAGUUGAAACGGAAUUGCUUCAUACCUUUACAAGAGUGUACAAGUUUGACAUUUUGGUGUUGUGUGUUCGUCUAGCUGUGCUGGUGGCUGUCACAUUGACUGUGCCCAUAGUGCUUUUCCCAAUCCGAACAUCAAUUCAGGAACUGAUAUUUCCAAGAAGAUCUUUCAACUGGAUACGACAUAUUACAAUUGGAGGAAUACUGCUGAUUUUGGACAACCUUCUUGUGAUAUUUGUUCCAAACAUUAGAGAUAUUUUUGGGUUUAUAGGUGCAUCUGCUGCUACAAUGCUUAUCUUCAUACUCCCCUCAGCAUGUUACAUUAGACUUGUGAAGAAAGAAUCAAUGAAAUCCAUGCAAAAGAUCGGGGCUAUGAUUUUCCUUACCAUUGGAGUUAUUUUUAUGAUUGGGAGCAUGACUCUUAUUGUUAUUGACUGGAUUCACAACCCACAAGGUUCAGGUGGCCAUUAACCAGAUGCUCAGUGCUACUAAAUGGAACCAACCGUUUUGCAUCUUACAAAGAGCCCUGGCAAAUAGCAACAGCAGGAGUCAGAUGCCAUUCCUCGUUUUUUUUAAAGCAAGAUUCCAGAGACUUAAGCAUACAAGAGUUAAGACUAGAUGUUGUCUGUAGAUAACUGAAGAUCUGUUCUUACAAGGGAUUGUUUUGCUGAUGUUUAAAAUAUCUUUGGACUUCAAAAAAAAAAAUCCAGAUUCAGGAUAGGUAGGAUACGCUGUGAACAAAUACAUAAUAGAACAAUACUACAUAGUGCAACUUAACUGCUUGUUGUAGUUAAUUUAGGAAAAUCUGUACCCAUUGCUCAAAUACUGGAAACCCUUUGUCUCUGAAGUUGUAUAUAAUUUUCAAAUAUUACACCAAGCAUGCAUUUUUAACUUACAGGAUUUGUUAGGCUUCAGUUGCAUUUAGCUUCUUAUCUUUUAAGGUAUAGAAAGUGCAUCUAUCUGGUGCAGCCUGCUGGGCCUGGAAAGAGAGAGCAUCCCUUUAUCAAAGCUUCUUUAUUUUUCAGCUAAAGAUUAAAUUCGAAUAAAAAGUAUUUGGCUAGCAAUUUUCACAUGUCCCGAUCCUGUAUCUCAACUGCCCUACCUUCCUCCUCCCAUUUUAUGCCACUGGUUACCUACCAAUUAUGGAACCUGGAACUAGUAGUCUGGAGUGGUGAUCAGCUUCUUAUUACAAAUAAAAGAAUCAUAAGAUUAGGUACAAAAUUACACCUUUUACGCUACCUGAUUCGAAAAGUUAACUUAUUUAAUUUUAACCUUUAAUCUGCAAAGAUAUGCAAUGUGUCAGAAAUCUUUAACUUCACUGAAAUAUUAGUAUAGCGUAUACAUUAUUUAUUACUUUUCUUAGAAAGGUAGAGGGUUCAUUUCAAUCUGAAACUUUUUAACCAUUUCACAAGAUACGUUCAAGUAAAUAAGCUAUCGCCCCCUUCUCCAAAUAUAUAUAUAUUUCCAUUUUAAAGUUAGAGGAUAUCUCUCUUAUGAAUGGUGCUUUGCAAAUACUUUAAAAAUCACAGAAGUGUUGGUUUUAUUAACUGCUUUGUCUUCCAUACGUAAACAGAAAGGUGUUAAAGGGCAAAAUGUUCUCAUAAGAAACUAUUUUGUUUAGUUAAACCAGCACCAGCUGUCAAGAAUGUUAUGCUGCAGGCAACUAUGAUUUCAUCAAUGUAUAUAAUUUACAUUUUUUUUAUGAGUUGAUAUUUUUGGAAUUUAAAUGUAUAGUACUUUUUUUCUGUCCAGUUACUUUUUAAAAAAAAAAUCUCUAGAAAGAUCAAUAAUCCAGAUUUUUUUUUAAAACUAGUCUGCUCAGUCUUCAGGCGCUUGUUAUUUUAAUUGUUGGGUUGUAACACAGCUUAACUGUGAGCUGCAUUUUAAUAUGAGCCUUUAUUCAGUUGCACAAUAUACUUUGACAUCUGCAUUAGCUGCUCAGAGGUUGGUCUGAUUUACCACGAUUAACAUUUAACAAUCAACAAUGUGCUUUGAAAAUAGCAUUUAGAAAAUGUAACAUGAAACAAACUCACACUUCCUUAGUUUGAUGAUACGGCUCCAAGUUUUGGUGCCCCAACAGAUUUCUAAGGGAUUUUUGAUACCCCAGAACUUCAAAACUAGUUUGUUUCUAUUCCUAGUUUACAUAUCAAUCAUUUUUCUGCAUCACUUUACGAGCAAGUUUGUAUCAUGAUGAAGAUCUUUGACCAUUAUGAUGACAAGAAAUGCCCAGCAGAGGUAUUUUUAUUUAACUAGCCAAAGUGGAACUUUAUUUAUAGACCUAAGUAUGCGUGACAAGUGAAUAUUUCCAAUGUUGUGUGGGUGUGUUUGAUUACUCAAAUGGUGUCUUCACAUGAGUAUUCUAAGUAUUGUAAAUAGGGAUCCCCAUGGUAAACUUAUGUAAGUUUUAUUGUCUGGUGAAAUGCGACAGUUAACCUCUACAUUGUGAGAGAUUUUCUUUUUGCACAAACUUUUCGUCAGUUGGUUUCUGAUGGCUUCAGUGUCACCUUAGCUGGUCUCAAGGGAGAAAAUUCUACAGGCAGAAAGAGUGGUAAAGGAAGAAGUCAAUAUGUCCCUAGUAAAAUGAAGGGCUCCCCGUGGGCACUGAGGAUCUGGGGCCAGAUACACGGAGAUGGUCCUCGGGAUUGUGUCACCUCAGACAAAGUGCUUCACUCCGCCAGCCUCUCCAUGGGAUUGGGCCUGAUGAGCGCCAGAAUUUAGGGCUCUGUGGCACUAAGUCAUCUGACACUGACUAAGACUCACUCCUAUGAUGAAUCCUGUCCUUGUAGGCUGGCCUCCGACCAUUUGUAUUUGCCCUUGAUGGGUCAGGAAAUCGGACAGCAUGCCAUGUGAUGCUUGGACAAUAAGCACUUGAGGUAGUGGCAUGGCUGUGCAUAAUAGACCCAGGAGUAUUUCAAACAGCAUUUAAAAGCCUGAUGAGCAAUUUACCCUGGAAAUCUUUUAAGGAUAUUUUUCAAUUCAGCAUUAGUAAACUUGCCACAAAAUGACAACUAACUUUUUUUUUUGUUGAUGUUUUUCUCAAGUGUUUUUUUUCAAAGAAACAGUUCAUACCUGCUCCAAUAAAGCAAAACCUGGUUGUCCAUGACCUCUCAAAUGCCUUACCAUGAUUCUUUUGGAGCAGUGAUGAAUUCUGUUCUGUUUGUUUUGUUUUAUGAUAUAAAUUAUGCACAGUAUUCAUGAAGUGACUUAUGUUUUUGUACAGGUAGGUAAAGCUGCUGUGGCAAGAUACAGAUUGCUUUCCAGUUAACUUAAAAUUGGCAUAACCUUUCUAACUUACCAUUGCUGGAAAGGCAGCUUUUUUGUAUCGGAAAAAAAUUGUGAAAAAAAAUAAUGCUCAAUAAAGUUUCAUAAAGACA